AAAUCUCAAACAUUAUCAAGUAAUUGAAAUAUAAUUCUAUAGACGGGAGUCACUAGGCUUACAAGACAUGAAAUUUAUUACAUUAGUAUUCAUCGGUUUCACUAUGCUAUCUUUGAUUCUGACUAAAACAAUGAUUUUGGGGGAAGAGGAAAACACGACAUGCGUUGUGACAGAUCUUCAAAUAUGCAAGUCGGAGGUAACAACCGGAAACCCACGUUCAAAGGAAUGUUGCGAAAAACUGAAAGAACAACAGUCGUGUUUGUGUGCGUACUUGAAAGAUCCAUUGGUUGCUCCAUAUAUUACAGUUGCCAAAAUAAUCUUAGCAUCUUGUGGUAUACCUUUUCCUAGUUGUUGAAGCUUCAAACAUUAAUAACAUGAUCUAUAAAUGUUAUAAUUAUCAAAAUCAUAUUUGAUAAUGUUUAUCAAGUCAAGGUUAUUAAACUGAUAUUAAUAAAAAUACAUGUGUUUCCUUA